AUGGCAGACUUCCCUACUCUGAAGCCAGCGUUUACCAUGCAGGUCUUAAUCGACCCGCCUAUGAACGUUGGAAGCACCGCGAAGAACUGCAACUUCGUAGUCACGCCCAUGACCGGCGGCACCGUUAAGAGCGAGCCUGGAUUCUCACCCGCUUUCAACGGCAAGCUCGCCAGCAAUGGCAAUGAUUAUAUCCGUACUGACCCGGACGAGACAGGAGCUUCUGUGUAUAUCAAUUAUACCGGAGUCGUUGAGCUGACUCCUGAGAUCGGCGCGAUUCUUACCGGACAGUCAGAAUCAGCAUCUACGCCGUUCGGAAAUAUAUUCAUCACGCUCAAGUUUGAGAGUGGAGACGCGGACCAUGCGGCCCUUGAAAACGGCAUUUUCGUCGCUUCUGGCCGUUUCAUCUACGAGAAGGGCAAGCAGCCCAUCGUAGAUUACAAGGUCAGCCAGGUCUGCAAGGGCUAG